CUCUGAGAAGGAGAGACAAAGGGACUAGAAGUAAACCGAGAUAAACCCAACCAGAAUCUGAAUUCCCCCUUUUCUUCCAUCGCCACAUCAUCAAAUUGGGAUGACCCACUGCACAUCUGCCUUCUCAAAACUCAAAUGCUAGCACCGGCCCAUCAGCAAGCAAUUGAGCGCGAGAACGGAUACUAGUGGUUGUGGUUGGUGUUGUUCCACUUUCCUCUGCUUUGCUCGCCAACUGUUUGAAGAAUGGCCGAGCUGAAUCUUUGAAGAAUCUGGGCUUUUGGGGUAGCUGCAAAAGAUUGUUGCUUUUUCAUAUUUUGUGAAGGAUGGCCACUGUGGCGAAGAAGGGCAGCGGAGGAAUUGAGAAGAGGAGAGAUGGGUCUGACUCCGCUGCUGUCAGCAGUAGCAACUGUGGGGAGUUGAGCUCCGAGGGAAGACGGAGCACUGCUGGGCCGUGUGGUUCUCCUUCCUCUAAAGGUCCUUUGGGUUGGCCGAUAAAGAAAGCCGGAGAGAGGAAGAGCAUGUUGUCAUCCGGCGGUGCCGUUGGAGGAGAUGAGGAAAAUGGUGGUUGGUUAGAGGAUUCGAAGUUACACAAGCUCAACUCGAGGAAUUCUGAUGCGGAUUUGAUGAAGGAGAGGUUCGCAAAAUUGUUGCUCGGAGAAGACAUGUCAGGUUCUGGGAGAGGGGUUUGCACAGCUAUGGCUAUCUCCAAUGCUAUUACCAAUCUCUGUGCUACUGUGUUUGGGCAACUGUGGAGGCUUGAGCCAAUCUCUCCUGAGAAGAAGUCAUUGUGGAGAAGGGAGAUCGAAUUGCUUCUCUGUGUUGCCAAUCACAUAGUAGAGUUAAUUCCUGCUUGGCAAACUUAUGCCGACGGCAGUAAGCUCGAGGUCAUGACUUGCAGACCCAGAUCAGACCUUUUCAUCAAUCUCCCAGCACUAAGGAAGCUUGACAACAUGCUUCUUGAAGUGUUAGAUAGUUUCACCGACAUGGAGUUCUGGUAUGUUGAUCAAGGGAUUGUAGCUUCAGAUGCGGAUGGCUCAGCUUCCUUUCGGAAAGCUAUUCAACGGCAAGAGGAGAAAUGGUGGCUACCGGUGCCACGAGUCCCUGCUGAAGGUCUAAGUGAAAACUCAAGAAAGCAGUUGAACCACACUCGUGAGUGCACAAAUCAGAUACUCAAAGCUGCCAUGGCGAUCAACGCCACUGCUUUAAUCGAAAUGGAUGUUCCUGACUCUUUCUUGGAAUCCCUUCCCAAGAAUGGGAGAGCUUGUCUUGGAGACUUCGUAUAUCGAUACAUAACUUCAGAUCAGUUCUAUGCUGAUUGCCUACUCGACUGCCUCGACCUUUCUUCCGAACAUGUCGCUUUGGACCUCGCGAACCGGGUUGAAUCUGCAGUUUAUGUAUGGCGACGAAGAGCUCAUCACCCGAAACCGCCCACACUCCAAAACCGGUCUACUAACAGGACGUCAUGGGAGAUGAUGAAGGACUUGAUGAUCGAUGGUGACAAUAAGAGGGAAAUAUUUUCAGAAAGAGCAGAAAGCCUCUUGCUUUCGUUGAAGCAGCGGUUUCCCAAUCUAACUCAGACUACACUAGACACCAGCAAAAUCCAGUUCAACAAGGAUGUGGGGAAAUCCAUUCUUGAGAGCUACUCAAGAGUACUGGAGAGCUUGGCAUUCAACAUCAUCGCACGCAUCGACGACUUGCUAUACGUCGAUGAUCUGACCAAAUGCUCGGACAACAAACUCUCAUCGGUCGCAACAGUCAGUGUGAUUGCACACAAGAAGAAGCUCUCAAUCCCAUUCUCUGUAGGCACUCCCUACAAAGCAAGUUUCAGCAGCACGCCCAGCUUUUCCCCUGCCGCUGCUCCCCUUAUCAGCCCUGCAAGAGGGGAAAGAACUCCGUUCGUGAACACCACCAACACCAUCGCCGCCACUACCAACGUGAAUCGGAAUCUUCGCCGUGGUUUUGGUGUGAAGAGGGCGUUGACGAAUUAUCUGGGCGUUGACUCGAAAUCAAAAGUCUGCGGCAUCCCAACUGACGCGUCGUGCGUAGAUCGGAGAUCCCACGAGAACAACUCCAUGGCUCGCCAGAAUGAGAACAAGCCACUGCAGAAUGUUGUUGCAUCUUGAGUUCUUUCUGGUAUACGCUUUGGGGUUAGGAUUGUGUUCAUUGUAGGAAAUUUGCUCGAGUUCGUUGUAUUAGGUGUUAUAUUGAAUACGAUUACCAUUGUAUGAACUUUCAUUCAUUUGUUUUACGAGUAUCUUUCUUCUUCUUCUUCUACUUCGCUCAUAUGCAAAACAGAAACUGCAAGUCUGCAACCUUAGGAGCAACGAGGUAUUCGUCAUUCAGUUCAUAAAAAGAAAGGUGGGGCAUUCCG